UUAACAUCGUUUGACAUGUAUAUCUCCUGGUACAGAUCGUUUAUAGCGGAGAACAGGAUGACAAAGAUUGGUACAGUUACAGAUCCAGUGGUCAAUGAGACUUGGAAUAAAAGGCAAUCAUGGAAACAAGCAAGAAAGAGUUCCUUCUGGUGCUGUAUAAAUAUCAUCCUAGCUAUUGUGAUGUACAUGGAAAUGCAGCUGAACAGUAUAGGAUCCAGUUUAAACAUCACACAUCCUGUACUAUGGUACUUUGAAUGCAUUCUGGCUGUGAUAUUUUUAUUAAACAGUGUGACAAACUUUUUUGUGUACCUUAAACCAUACAUAUCUACCAAAUCAGUAAUGAUGACUCCAGGGCAGAAAAAACUCCUGGCUGUCAGAGAUAUAGAUGCUGGAUUCAGCGUUUCACCAAGGAAAUUGAAUUUAUCAUCAGAAGAAAGUUUAAUGCUGUCCAGUACACCUUCAGCUCAUUCUAGUUUCUCUAGUACAGCAAGUCAGCGGCAGACGACACCUACAAAUAUGUCUGGCCCCAUUAGUUUUAGUAAUCACUCCAUUGUAUAUUCAACAUACAGUUCACCAGCAGCAAAUAUUAGUGGGGUUCAGAAUCUCAGCAGUAUUAGUCCUGGUACAUCAUUUGCUCACAAUUCCUCCAUGUCUCCUAAUGUAUCAGGAUUUACCCAUCAUCCCUCAUUCUCACCAGGAAGUUCUUUCUCUCCUGGAAUGCACAACAGUUUUGAUUCUAGUGGACUGAGAGGCAGGAGGUCCAUGUCUAAUUCAUUCAAGGCUUCUCCAGCAUCAACAUCUUUUGAUAGAAUCACAGACCUUCAUUCUCUAAGCCAGUAUUUGAAAGAACAAGAUGAAAGAGAAUAUAAAUCAGCUCUGAGUUCACCUGACAAUACAUCAGCUGGAGCCUCAUUCUGGAGUUACGGAAGAUCAGCAAUGGAUUGUACACACCUAUUGAAGAAGUAUAUGUACCAGCUUGCUAGCAGGUCACCACAAUCACCCAUGUCUAGACACUACGAUAGUGACCAAUCAUCAUUGUACAAUGGAGAAGAUAUCUGGGGAAAGAGACGUGUAUCAGAAGAUGAAUUAUAUUUAUGGACAGAGAGAGUAAGAAAGUGGAUAUGUUUGUCUGUUGUAUCAAGGGUAGCAAAAGAAAUAGACCAAAUUAAUGCAACAUUGAGAAGAAUAGGUUCAGAAGAAACUGAAAUAGGAGAGGUAAGUGUGUCAACACUGAAACAUUUAGCCUUCACAAAAGGAGCACUGGUACCAUCACUGAAUACUGUAGUUACAUACCUAGAUUUCUCUUCUAAUCAAGAAUACUUGGUCAAGAGAAUCAGAGAUCUAGGGAGAGAUGGUUGUAUGAGUGACUUUGUUUGGAAUAAUGGAGGAAAUUAUGGAAAAACUUGGGGAGAACAUCUGCCAAAAGAUGCUAGUCUUAUAAUGCAUAUGUUGUGUACCUAUUUUGAUACAAGAUUACCAGCUCAGCCAAAAUAUCCUGAUGGAAAGACAUUUACCUCACAAUAUUUUAUCAAAACUCCAGAUAAACCAAAUUUAGAUAAAGAGGACACAUUUUGUAUAUAUCAGUCAGCUAUAAAUCCACCACAUUUCCAAGUAGUUAUAGGAAAGACAAUGCACAAUUUACCUAAAGGAAGAAAUAACAUGUUCCAGGCAGUUUUGUUAUUUUUACACCACAUAAAAACAAAGGAACAUGGAAUGUUAGGGAGAGUUAACCUUGGAAUGUCAGGUGUAAAUGUUUUAUGGAUUUUUGAGUCAUGACAGUGUUUUGUAUGACAUUUGUAUGAAUAAAUUGACAUAAACACAGAGGUGUGGAAAUUCCAAGUAAAGGAAGAAGAUUUCUGUUGGUCACAUUUCCAAGAAUGUUGCAUGAUAACAGAUAACAGAAGUGGGAGAUUGAUUGACAUGGAAACUGUUUUUACUAUUUUUAGAAUGAUAAAUCAAAUAAAGGCUGUAUUUUUA